AUGUUGGCCCUCCACGGUCCUGGCCAAACGUCGGGCCCUCCACAGUUCUGGUCCGAGGUCGGCCUCCUCACCAACGGGGCUAGCCUUCCAAAGCGAUCUUCGCGUCCGUUGUCUUCGGCCAACAGUGGGGAGCCCGAGCAGUGCGCCAUUCUCAAAGGCAGGGAGAUGGAAGCGGAGCAGCAGCAGAGAUGA